UGUGGUUAUGAAUUAUUCAGAAAUUGAAUCUAAGGUUCGAGAAGCAACCAAUGAUGAUCCGUGGGGACCUUCAGGGCAACUCAUGGGAGAGAUUGCCAAGGCUACGUUUAUGUAUGAACAGUUUCCAGAACUUAUGAACAUGCUUUGGACACGAAUGCUGAAAGACAAUAAAAAGAACUGGAGGAGAGUUUAUAAGUCUUUGCUGCUCCUAGCUUACCUCAUAAGGAAUGGAUCAGAGCGUGUUGUUACAAGUGCCAGAGAACACAUUUAUGAUUUGCGAUCCCUGGAAAAUUACCACUUUGUAGAUGAAAAUGGCAAAGACCAAGGUAUAAAUAUACGCCAGAAGGUAAAAGAAAUGGUUGAAUUUGCUCAAGAUGAUGAUCGACUUCGGGAAGAGAGGAAGAAAGCAAAGAAGAACAAAGACAAAUACAUUGGGGUUUCCUCGGACAGUGUUGGAGGGUUUAGAUACAGUGAAAGAUACGAUCCUGAGCCCAAGUCAAAAUGGGAUGAAGAAUGGGAUAAAAAAACAGCUUUUCCAUUCAGCGAUAAGUUAGGUGAGCUGAGUGACAAAAUUGGAAGCACCAUUGAUGAUACCAUCAGCAAGUUCCGAAGGAAAGAUAGAGAGGACUCUCCAGAAAGGUGCAGUGACAGUGAUGAGGAAAAAUCAAGAAGAGGUAAAUCUCCCAAAGCUGAAUUUAAAGAUGAAGAGGAGACUGUGACAACGAAACACAUUCAUAUCACACAAGCUACAGAAUAUACCACAACCAGACACAAACGCACAGCAAAUCCUUCAAAAACUAUUGACUUGGGAGCAGCAGCACAUUAUACAGGGGAUAAAACAAGCCCAGAACAGAAUGCUGCAACUCAUGCUGCACAGCCAACUGCAAAGGCUUCUGUACCCUCUGGCAGCAAGUCAUCUAAUGACCUGGUUGAUCUGUUGUUUGAUGGAGCCAGCCAACCAGCCUCAACAGGUGGAUCAACUGACCCAUUUGGAGGAUUUGCUGAUUUUAGUUCAGCUGCUGCUUCAGCAAGUUUCCCGUCAUCGCAAGGUACAGCAACAAGUGGAAAUGGAGACUUUGGUGACUGGAGUGCCUUCAACCAAGCUUCUCCUUGUCCCAGUGCUUCAUCUGGAGACCUCUUCAGCAGCACAGCCCCACAGCCUGCCAUAGAGCUCUUCAGUAGCUCACAGCCAGCUCCUGGCCAGCCUCCAGCUGCUUCAAAUUCUACUGAUCUUUUUGAUUUGAUGGGCCCUUCUCAGACAACCAUGACCUCUUCACAAAGUAUGAAUUUCUCUAUGAUGACCUCCAAUGCUGUGGGCAUCAGUUUACCCAUGUCAAGGUCACAGCCUCUGCAGAUGGCAAACAAUAUGAUGCCCAAGCCCAAUCCACUGUAUAAUGCAAGCACAGAGAUGGUCCAGAAGAAUGCAAACAAAACUCUACCCUCAACUUGGUCAGAUCCUAGUGUAAAUAUCAGUUUGGACAAUUUAGUACCUGGGAUGCAGCCUUCCAAACCCCAGCAGCCAUCACUUAACACCAUGAUGCAGCAACAAAAUACUCAACAACCUCUGAAUGUCAUGACUCAAAACUUUGCAGCCGUGAACCUCAAUCCUCAGCCUAACAUGAUGCCUGUUCGACCCCAGACAAGCCCACUGAUGGGAGGGCCUGUUCCUGUGGGGAUGGGAAUGCCCACUGUGAUGUCAGGUACGAUGGGAAUGACCUCCAUGGGACCCAUGCCUAUGAUGAACCAGGGAAUGAUGGGAAUGAACAUGAACGUAGGAGUGCCAGCUACAGGAAUGGGCUUGACGGGCACAAUAGGAAUGGGCUUACCUAUGACCACUCUGACUCCUGGGACUGUACAACCCAAGCAAGAUGCCUUUGCAAAUUUUGCCAAUUUUAGCAAAUAAAGAUUGUAAAAUAAAUAAAUGAAAUUAAAUAAAGAUAAAAUAAAUGGGCAGGCUGAAUGAAGGAUUUUUAGCUGCACAGAUAUAGCUGGGGAAGAUGGAAAACAGUGAUCAAUACUUUUUUUUUUUUUUCUUUAUCAGUUCAAGUGUCUACAUAAAGAACCAAAAGCUAUUUUCUAAAUGUUGAAAUAACUACUGUUCAAAUUCUGGAGAGGUGGAAGGUUCUUCUAAGGAAUGUGUUAGAUGAUUUUGCAAAAUAAUUUGUACCGAGACCAUCAAAAAACCUUUCCUAUGUAGAAGAACAAAUUUUAACUUUGAGAUUUGAUGGAAGACUGGAAUGGGGGUUGGGUAAAAAUGUUUGAAUCUAAUUUUAUACUUUUCUUUUUUUCUUAAAAAGCUUGACUUUCUUUCCCCCCUCUCCCUGAUCACUUUGUCAUAAUUGGAUCAUUCCUUUUAGUACCACUGCUUUCACAAUUGAAGUCACUCAAGUACUAUGAUCAGUUUUUUAUAAGAAUAUAUAUUUUUGUCAAAAAAUGGCUUACAUAUGUGAUUAUGGCUAAUUCAAAGGGACCUGGAAUGUAUAUAUACUUUUGCUAAUAUUCCAGCCACACUGCUAUAUUACCCAAAUUUUUAUUGUAAAAAAAACCUCUCUCAGCAAUUUGGUGAUCAGCAGAUUUUUGGGGUCAUAACAUGGUUCUGUUGUUGUAACUGAUACCCAGUGCAGGUCUGGGAGAAGCUUCAUCCAAGACUGCUGGAAGGUUUCCUUGCAGAAAAUGCACUUUCUUGCAGUUCUUUCCCAGUGGCAGUUAGCAGCAUCCUAUGUACCACCACCAUCCCUUUGGAGCCUCUGGUUCAUGGCAUUGGCAGCAGUCAAAAGGCAAAAAUCUUCUUUUUUUUGCUUCAUCACAAAACAGUAACAAGGUGAUUUACACUUAAGUUCUGUAAAUCAAUAACCCUACCUAAUCAAACAGCAUUGGAUCUUAGCUUUUAUACAUUUGGUGAUUCUUUUGUGUAAAUAUGGCAUUAGCAACUGUGGAAUCCAAUAGAGGAGUAAAAAAAAAAAAUAUAUAUUAAUAAAGGAAACCUGUAGCAGUCAAAGAUUUUACUGAUUUACUGAAAACAAAAGAAUGAAUUAAGAUUUUGGGAAUUUUUGCUUUUCCUUCUGUAAUUCUGCAUUUAAGUUGACAUGAAUCAUGAUUCUAGAAUCUGGAAUACAAAGAUACUGUUAUAUUCACAAUCUGAGAAUAUUGUUAAGAAUAAGCACUAUACUAUAGGUAUGAAAUUUAUUGCCUCCCUUUUCUUAUGUUGGAUUUCUUUUUUAUUAUUACAUUGAUAAAACUUUGUUUCCAUUGUAUUCAUAAUGUUCUGUUAUACAUAACAUUAAAAUGUUCGUUAAAAUCAA